CAAUAUUCUUUCACCUAAUGUAUCAAAAAAACAAAAAGAUCACACACAAAUUACUUUCUUCAAAAAUAUUUUUUUUGUUAUGUUAAACAAGUUGUAAAGAGGUAGAAAUUGAAACAAAUGAGUAUCAAUGACCAAAUUGAACCAUGAACAUCUUUCUCUAUUGGAUCUGCUGGCCAACAAAGGAUCAACCAUUAAGCCCUCUUCUCAGUUUCAAUUUCUUCUUGAGGGGAGAAUAAAUAAAGAGUAACAGUUGUGUGUGUGUAUGUAUCAAUGGCUUCAAGUAAUGAAGAUUUACCUCAAGGAACAGUAAGGAAUGUGUUGGAACAUGAUACCCUAAAGUGGGUAUUUGUAGGUGGGAAAGGUGGUGUUGGAAAAACAACGUGUAGUUCUACAUUGGGUAUCCUUCUUUCUCAGGUCAGAUCUUCAGUUCUUAUCAUAUCUACUGAUCCUGCUCAUAAUCUCAGUGACGCAUUUCAACAACGCUUUACAAAGGCCCCUACACUUGUCAAUGGAUUCAACAAUUUGUACGCCAUGGAAGUUGAUCCAACCGUGGAGAAUGACGAGACAAUUGGAUCAGAUGGUAUGGAUGAUUUUCUAUCUGAUUUGGCAAAUGCAAUUCCUGGAAUUGAUGAAGCUAUGAGUUUCGCUGAGAUGCUCAAAUUGGUGCAAACAAUGGACUACUCUGUCAUAGUGUUUGAUACAGCCCCAACUGGACAUACUCUACGGUUAUUACAGUUCCCAUCUACGCUAGAGAAGGGGCUUGCCAAAGUGAUGAGUUUGAGGAAUAAAUUUGGCGGCGUUAUAAGUCAGAUGAGUCGUAUAUUUGGUGUAGACACUGAAUUUGGUGAGGAUGCGGUCCUAGGCAAACUUGAAGGCAUGAAAGAUAUAAUUGAACAAGUGAACAGACAGUUCAAGGAUCCAGACUUGACGACAUUCGUUUGUGUUUGCAUUCCGGAAUUCCUCUCUCUAUAUGAGACUGAAAGGCUUGUUCAGGAACUCAUUAAAUUUGAGAUUGAUACACACAACAUUAUAAUUAACCAAGUGCUUUUCGAUGAAGAAGUUGUUGAAUCCAAGCUGCUGAAGGCCAGGAUGCGGAUGCAACAAAAGUACUUGGACCAAUUCUACAUGUUAUAUGACGACUUCAAUAUUACCAAGCUGCCUUUGCUGCCACAAGAGGUUUGUGGUGUUGAAGCGCUGAAAGUGUUUUCACAUAACUUUCUGACACCGUAUCAACCUUCACUUCUUCGAGGUUCAGUGGAAGAGCUGGAAAUGAGAAUAGCCACACUGAAAGAACAGUUGAAAGAUGCCGAAGAAGAACUGGAAAAACUUAGAGCAGGCCAACAAGAAAGUAUAAUGUAGAAAGACUUGGCGGACGGAGGUCAUUAUGUUGCCUUCACUCUUUCUUUAUCUUUUUUUUUUAGGAAACAUUGUCAUCUGAAAAAUUAUAUUUUUCUUGAGAGAAUUUUUUUUUAAGGAACUUUUUCCAUUUUUUUUGGUUCUUUUGUACCUUCAAGAAGACAAUAAAUAAUAUUCAUGAAGUAAACUUGACCACCA